AUUCAAGCGGCCUUGCUCGAUAGCCAGCCUCUCAGCCUCACGCCAAAUCGAUCCCACGACGACGCGCCUAAAAACCGCCGACUUCACCCCCGAUCAAUUAUACAGCAGUUUAAGCGCCUAAACCCUCUCAAAUAGCCAACAUGAAGCUGGUUCGUUUUCUUAUGAAAUGCGCCAACGAAACGGUGACAAUUGAGUUGAAAAAUGGAACCAUUGUUCAUGGCACUAUUUCCUCAGUCUCUCCCCAGAUGAACACCGCCCUCCGCACCGUCAAGAUGACCAUCAAGGGGCAGGAGCCCAUCUCCCUCGAGACCAUGAACAUUCGAGGUUCUACAAUCCGAUAUUUUAUCCUGCCCGACUCUUUACCCCUCGACACACUGCUUAUCGACGACGCACCUAAGCCCAAGAACAAGGCACGAAAGGAGGCCGAGCGGGGCGGACGGGGAGGACGAGGCAGAGGCGGUCCCAGGGGACGCGGGCGUGGUGGAGGCCGCGGUCGCGGAGGACGGCCUUAGAGUGGACGGCCCUAAACGAGAAGGUCACGGGAAGAUUUAGGAGAAACGACAAGAUAGGGAAAGGAUGGAAGCGCACAUGCGCGUCGUUAAUGUGGAGUGACCACGUUAUCGCGAAGAUAUCACAUUCAAAUGGAACCUGGCGUUCGGGUUGUUUGGCCAUUAAAACUGUAUGAACCCGCUUGGGGUGGGUAUCGCUUUUCUUGUUGUGGAAAGAUAUCUGAAUAUAUGCUCUCACACGCCCCAAUUCCAUUGCAACAUCUUUUUUUAUU